UCAGGUUGAAAGCAUUUGAUUGCUCAGUCAUGACAUCAAUAGACAAGGAAACUACCCCUAUGUUUGAAGAGGCAACGGAGGAUGAGUACUCGGACAGAUUUGAUGAGGAGGAAGAACAACCCACACAUCCAGCUAAGGGGGAGAAUAUCUACAGAUCAGACACCCCUGAGACCAAUAUCACAGAACUCCCAUCCAAUCCUGAUAUUUCAAUACGAUGUGAUCGAUGCAAAAUAUACAUAAAUCUCAGAGCCCUGCACGAACACCGGGUAUACCAUGAUGCCUUGGAGGUGAUGAAAUACCAGGGUAAAAAUAAACCAACAUCAAUAGAUGGCCUUAGAAAGAGACGACAAAUUAUACUGCGAAAAAUUCGUGAACAAAAAGAAACACCAAAACAGCUCCAGGCAAUUCAAGAACUCAAUGAUGCUUAUGAAUUUCUUAAAGCUGAUGUGCAGGGUACGUUUGAACUGGAGCGCCAGAACAGAGAGGAGAUAAACACAGACGUCCGCGGUGUGGCAGUCAACUGUAGCCCUUCUUGUGUGUUUGCUCUUGGCAUGUGUUCUGCACAGAAUGAUAGAUGGAAGAGUUACAUGGAAGACACUAAAGUUUACCAAGACUGCUUUGGAGAUGACAGACAUAAGUGUUAUUUUGGGUUGUUUGAUGGCUACCAUGGGAGAUUUGCUGCAGAUAUGGCUGCUGCUGAGCUCCACCAUCUUUUGCUCAAUGAGAUGUCAAAGUUUGAUCCCAAGACCAAAUCCACAACAGCUACAAAUGUCUUGGACACUACUGAUGUCUCACAGUACUCAUUUGAGCGUCCUGACACCAAGGAGAGCGAGCGUGCAGUCCUCCAUGAGAGUAGUGUGGAUAUUGUUCAGCAGAUCAUUAACAUGUGUGAAGACAAGUAUGAAGAACUCAUCACUCCUAGGGCCACAAAGUCUGCCAAAAAAGACAACGAACAGAAAGAAAACAAGAAAAAGAAACAAAAGGCACCUUUUACAGUCAAAAUGGAGUCUGCUCUUGCCAAGUCUUACUAUUUAACUGACAUCUUAUUGUCAUAUGGCAAAGAUGAAAGGUCAAAGGUCAGGUGGAGUGGUUGUUCGGCAUUGACGGUUGUUAUACAAGGUGGGGAUAAGAUGGAGCAGUCUGGGAAUCCAAUUUCUCCAGUGGCAGAGGAAGACGAGGAAAGAAAAACUGACAUUUACAUGUCUCGCCCUCCUACGCUUGAGAACAAAUUGGACCAAUCACAGCCAGCCAGCACCAUGGGCUUUGAUCCACCACGGGAAAUGGGCAUGAUCUACCUAGCCAAUGCAGGAAAUGUCCAUGGUGUACUGGUUAGAGGAAACAGGGCAUACAAACUCACAAAGGACCAUACACCACAGAAUGAGAAGGAAAAGAAUCGGGUCAUUAAAGCAGGAGCAGACAUAAGUCUGAGUGAGAGGGAAAUGAGGGUAAGUGGAGUGGUAGCCACCACACGAGGACUUGGUAACCAUGGUGAUGUGGUGCUUAAGAACAGUGUUAUUGUGGAGCCACACACUAUGUCAGUCGCAGUGGACCAGUACUGUCAGUUUCUGCUGCUAGCCUCUCAUGGGGUCUGGGAAGUUUUCUCUGAGACAGAGGCUGCUAACCUACUUUUGAAGUUACUCCCUAGCAACUUUAUCCCAGCCCCAAGUAAAAUAAGCACCACUCUUAGGCCAUUAAUAGAGGAGUCUAACAGUCAGGCCAACAUUUCGUUGAUAACCCAGACCCCACGGAGAGUGUCCUUCUCGGAACCAGCAGACGACCGCCUAAAGAUGUCCCCCCGGGCCUCCACAAUGAUAGAUAUAGAGAAAAACAAUUCUGAUGAGGAUAUGAAGACAGAAAAUGGCAGCCAUGUUGGUCCAUAUGAUGAGGAAUCUGGAAAUGAGGCUGAUGUGGAGACAUAUGGUGACUUCCUGUCACUGCCUAGUAACUCUCGUCUGUCUAAUUAUAAUCCCUCUAUGACUAGGGAUCAGUUUCAGAGGGACCUGUCACGCACUAUGGCAGAACAUCUUGUUCAAGCUGCCUUGCUUGCUGGGGCAAAGAACAAUAUUACAGUUAUGGUCGUAUUAUUACCAGGAUGUGGAGUGUAGUUUAAAUUCAUUAACAAGGAAAAAUGUCUUUGAAUUACUGAUUUACCGAGUGUUGUUCUUUGACUGUGAUAUAAAAUAUUUAUUUUAACAUGACUGAUUUUUACAGGA